CUGUAUUCAUCUCCACUGCCGUAUCGUUCAAGUGAACCUGAUGGUGGAUUUAGCUCACCGCUGACAUACAGUGGUACGCCAAAUUCUCGCGUUGGUGGUACAUCUAGAACAUUACCAUCUGGAACUCCUAUAAGAAAUAGGAGCGAUAUUCGCAGUGAUAGGCGAUUGCGCCAAGUAUCAUUGACACCUGGUGGCAGUUCAGAUGCCAUCGUUCCUGAUUCUACUGAAAAUUCUGCUGGAACGGUUGAUUCUUAUAAUUUGCCUCAGCUUGUUAUUUGGGGUACCAAUGUUUCUAUAAAUGAAACUAAAGCCAAAUUCGAAAAAUUUAUUCGUAAAUUUGUUGAGAGCGAUGAUAAUAGCUCGCAGGCACCAUUUUAUAUGCAAUUGCUUGAAGAGAUUAAUACUCUCGAAGAGCCUUUCCUCAAUCUGAACUGUAAUCACUUAUACCAGUUUGAUGCAGAUUUAUAUCAGCAGUUAAUUAAUUACCCUCAAGAAGUGAUUCCUACUUUCGAUAUGGCUGUUAAUGAUAUAUUUUGUAGUACCUACAAAGAUACUCUUCUAGAGCAUCAAAUUCAGGUACGGCCAUUUAAUGUACAUAAAACCUCAAAUAUGAGAAUGUUAGAUCCCGAAGAUAUCGAUCGCUUAAUAACAAUCCAUGGAAUGGUAAUCCGUACGUCAUCUCUAAUACCGGACAUGAGAGAAGCUUUUUUCCGCUGUAGUGUUUGUCAGACGUCUGUAGCGGUAGAGGUUGAUCGUGGUAAAAUUGCAGAGCCUACCGUUUGUCGUCACUGUAACACAUUACAUAGUAUGCAGAUAAUACAUAACAGGUGCAAAUUUACCGACAAACAAAUGAUGAAGCUACAAGAAUUGCCAGAUAGUAUGCCUCCAGGACAGACACCUCAUACUCUUACUUUAUAUGUUUAUAACGAUCUCGUUGAUAGUGUCCAACCAGGCGAUCGCGUUACACUUACUGGCAUUUACCGUGCUACGCCGCUGCGCGUUAACCCAAGGCAAAGACAAGUAAAAUCAGUUUAUAAAACCCAUAUUGAUGCAUUACAUUUUACAAAGAGUGAUCUCAGGCGGUUAUCUGAAUUUGAUAACAGCGGAUCUAACCAGCGUUUGAACCCUGAGAGAAUUGAAGAAUUGAAAGAACUAUCAGAAUUGCCCGAUAUUUAUGAACGGCUAUCUCAGGCUGUUGCUCCUAGUAUCUUUGGAAAUGAAGAUAUCAAGAAGGGGAUUCUUUGUCAGCUCUUCGGCGGCACCUCUAAAGAAUUUGGUGAUUCAGGACACAGUCGAUUCAGAUCGGAGUUAAAUAUUCUUUUAUGCGGUGACCCAGGAACCAGUAAAUCUCAGCUAUUACAGUAUGUCCAUAAUUUAAUUCCUCGAAGUCAGUAUACAUCUGGUAAAGGCUCUUCAGCGGUAGGCUUAACAGCUUACGUUAUUAAAGAUCCGGAAACUCGACAGCUUGUUUUGCAAACUGGUGCCCUUGUGUUAAGUGACAAUGGCAUUUGCUGCAUAGAUGAAUUUGAUAAAAUGAGUGAAAGCACGAGAUCCGUACUCCAUGAAGUUAUGGAACAACAAACACUAUCAAUAGCCAAGGCUGGAAUAAUCUGUUCUUUAAAUGCUCGAACUGCUGUUCUUGCUGCUGCUAAUCCUCGUGAAUCAAGAUGGAACCCUAAAUUGACUACUGUGGAAAAUAUUCAGCUACCACACACACUUUUAUCUCGGUUCGAUUUAAUAUUUUUGAUCUUGGAUCCCCAGCACGAGGAUUAUGAUAGAAGAAUUGCCAAUCACUUGGUUUCGUUAUAUCAUCAAACAGUAGAAGAAGAAGCGGAGGAAAAGCUUGACAUGAGCAUUUUAAGAGAUUAUAUCUCUUACGCGCGUACUUUUGUACAACCAAAGUUAUCUGAAGAAGCUUGUCAAACUCUUAUUCAGGCUUAUGUCGAAAUGCGAAAAAUUGGGAGCUACAAAGGCACUAUUAGUGCGUACCCGCGGCAACUAGAAUCAUUGAUCAGGCUUGCUGAAGCUCAUGCUAAGAUCAGAUUUUCAACGACUGUUGAGAAUAUUGAUGUUGAAGAGGCAAAAAGACUCUACAGAGAGGCCUUAAAACAAUCAGCACUAGAUCCAAGGACUGGCACUAUUGAUAUCAGUAUAUUGUCAACUGGUUUAAGUGUAUCGGACCGUCGACGCCAGGAACAACUUGGAAAGGCACUGAGAAAGAUUUUAGAAUCCAAAGGUAGCAAGCCUUCUCUUCAGUAUCAAGCAAUCCUGGAUGAAUUGAGACAAUCGUUUGAUUCUGUAAUAACUAAUCAACAAUUCGACUCGGCUUUAAGAAACUUGCAGGAAGAUGAUUUCUUAAUUGUUACGGGUAGAACCAUCCGAUUAACUUAAGCUACCUCUAAAUAAAUUUAAUAUAUUUAAUAAUGCAAAUUAUUAUUUCUUUACUCACCAGUCAUAUAGCUCGUUAUAGUAUAGCCUUUUUGUAAAGUCUCAGUUCUCUGAUUGUAUUUUACAAGUUUGAUGACGAAUAAUGGUAACCGUUAUCUAUGAUAUAUCAUAUUAUACUUUAUUAAGUAUUUACUCAGGUUCAAACAUUUGAUUGCAUCGAAAAAUAAAUAUAAUAUAAAC